AUGGAAUUUUUAUUAUCUAAGCUGAGAAAUUCAAAUUGCGUGUUGGGUUCUUCGGCAAACGUUAGGAGACAACAAUUCUUGAUAAGGUCCCUUGGAGGUCACAGAAAUCAAACCCACGCAGAGAGAAUGCAAACUACGAAGGUUGUGGCUGGAACUCAUUUAGAAGCUGAUGUCGAGACUAUAGUAAGAACAAUUACUCAGUUUGACCCAAGUAGACACAAAGGCCAGGCAGGAAAGAUAGCUAUCAUUGGUGGUUGCCAUGAAUACACAGGAGCUCCCUAUUUUGCUGCUAUAUCAGCAUUAAAAAUUGGUGCAGAUUUGUCCCAUGUUUUCUGUACAAAAGAUGCUGCCACAGUUAUAAAAAGCUAUAGCCCAGAGAUAAUCGUGCAUCCUGUAUUGGAAGAAUCUUACAGUAUAAAGGAGGAUGAGAAAAGAUCCAUCUUUGCUAAGGUUCUCGCUAAGGUUUCCAAGUGGAUGGAGAGAUUUGAUUGCCUUGUUGUGGGUCCAGGACUUGGAAGAGACCCUUUUCUUCUGGACUGUGUUAGUGAGAUAAUGAAGCUUGCGCGGCAAUCAGAAAUUCCGAUUGUCGUAGAUGGGGAUGGACUCUUCCUUGUCACUAACAAUCUUGAUCUUGUUAGUGGGUACCACCUAGCUGUCCUAACUCCAAAUGUGAAUGAGUAUAAACGCCUUGUUCAGAAAGUUCUAAAUUGUGAAGUUAGUGUUGAAGAUGCUACUGAGGAACUACUAUCUUUGGCAAGAAGGAUUGGUGGGACAACGAUUCUACGGAAAGGAAAUUCUGAUCUCAUCAGCGAUGGUGAGACAGUGAAUAUGGUGAGCACAUUUGGAUCCCCACGGCGGUGUGGUGGCCAGGGUGAUAUCCUUUCUGUAAGUGUUGCUGUAUUUUCAUCUUGGGCUUGUCAACAGAUGCUAUCUCUAGAAGAAGACUCAAGUGGCAGUACACCAAAUCCAAUGGUUCUGGGGUGCAUUGCUGCAUCAGCACUGUUAAGAAAAGCUGCCUUUGAGAGUAAGAAAAGAGGAACUCUCACCACAGACAUCAUUGAGUGCUUAGGGAAGAGUUUGGAGGACAUCUGCCCAGCCAGUUGACAAUGUUGAUGAACUGAUUCUGUGGUCCUGGGUGGCGCCAGUGAUGAACUUUGAAGGGUUAUGACUGAUGAGCUUGGAUUCGCGCUUUCUAUCAAAGUUUUGUAUUCCUUCAUAUUUUGAUCCAUCUAUUUGUGAGAGAUCUGUGAUGUAUCCAAAAUUUCUGUGGAAGAGAAAAAUAAAAAAUCCCUCCUUUCCUAAAGAUUUUCUGUGGUUACAUGUAAUCUAGGUCUUUCUUGAUUGUUACCAGUAUCAGAAGUAAAUAAAUUUAUACAAGCAAUUUACCAUCA